AACUUCCUUAAAUAAUUAUAAUCAAACAAAAUAGCAAAACAACAAUUAUCUUUAUAAGCGAAGAUAACGUAAUCAAGUGGUGUGAAGACAGCAUAACACCAGUGCCCCCCCACAUAGCCACAUUGACAGUCCUGCAGUCGUAAACAUUGCUAUAUUUACAAUGAGUAAAGUAGAUCUAAUAAACCAGGAUUUAGUUAGAGAGAGGGGCACAUGUGAGUUUGACAUCGAAGAGUUGACAUAUUAUCUGGAUGGAGAUGCCGCAGCAACGGCAAACAGGAGAAAGUUAGAGGACAAAGUGCUGAGUACUGAAGGUCUCUUCGAUAAGGUACCAGAGGACUUCCUCAGUCAUAAAGAGAAGUACGAGAAUGCUGUACGUAAGGCUGUUCUGUUCUACAGAGCGCUGCAGAAUGCUCUCGACCCAAAUAUGAGUGAUCAGGAGAAGGCUUCUACCACUUACCGCAGCCUGCUCCCAAGUGCGGUGUUCAAAGAACAGAGUCCCUUCACUCUGCACGUAGCCAUGUUCAUACCAGCUAUACUGGGACAGGCCAACGAGGAGCAGAAGAAGUACUGGUUACCGAGGGCCAGCAAAAUGGAAAUUAUUGGCACUUACGCACAGACAGAGCUCGGCCAUGGUACGUUCAUAAGAGGAUUGGAGACUACAGCUACUUACGAUCCGAAAACCGAAGAGUUUGUUUUACACAGCCCCACUUUAUCGUCAUAUAAAUGGUGGCCUGGGAGCUUGGCCCACACCGCCAAUUACUGCAUAGUAAUGGCUCACCUAUACAGUCAAGGCAAGAGUUGUGGCAUCCAGCCCUUUAUAGUUCAGCUCCGUGAUGAAGAGACCCAUAUGCCUCUCCCUGGGAUCAAGCUCGGCGAGAUUGGAGCUAAACUUGGAUUCAAUACCGUGAACAACGGAUUUCUUGGUUUCGAGAACCACAGGAUAGCAAGAGAUCGAAUGCUGAUGAAGAAUGCUCAAAUUGCAAAAGAUGGGACAUUCACAAAGUCGGCCAACAACAAACUGACUUACGGCACCAUGGUGUACGUGAGAGUGGUGAUCGUGAAUGGCAUGGCCAACCAACUAGCAAGAGCAGCCACCAUAGCUGUCAGGUACUCCGCAGUCAGGAGACAGUCGGAGCUGAAGCCAGGAGCUGGUGAGCCUCAGAUUAUGGAUUACGUAACACAACAGCACAAGCUCUAUAUCGCUAUAGCGUCUAGCCACGCGUUCAGUCUAAUAGCUAAGUGGCUCUCCGGAAAGUAUUACAAAGUAACCGGGGAUCUGGAGAAGGGGAACACUGAUGAGCUGCCUGAGUUGCACGCCACAGCCUGCUGCCUGAAGGCAGUGACGACAUUGGACACUACAGCGCUGAUCGAGCGCUGCCGGCUGUCCUGCGGCGGCCACGGGUACAUGCUGAGCUCGAACCUACCGCAAAUAUACGGCCUGGCGACCGCAGCCUUUACCUAUGAAGGAGAGUUUACUGUGUUAAUGUUGCAGACUGCCAGGUCUUUAGUAAAAGCUUGGGAGCAGGCGUUGGCUGGAAAACCUUUGAGACCCACAAUGUCUUACUUAACAGAGAAGAAACAGACGGCAAAGUGGAGCAAUUCUAUCGAUGGGAUCAUUGAUAGCUUCCAAAGAGUGGCUGUGGGGAAAUUAGAAUCAGCCGUGGCAAGUAUUAAAAAAUACUCGAAACAAGGCAUGGCCCCCGAGGAUGCCUGGAACAUGUCGUCAGUGCGACUAGUGGCUGCGUCUGAGGCCCACGGCCGCGCAGUAAUGCUAUCGACAUACAAGUCGGAGUUGGAGAGGACGACUACCUCUCUCUCGGAGCCGCUGAGGAGAGUGCUAGGGUAUCUGUUACACCUGUACGCUGUUUACUGGACCCUGGAGAAAGUUGGUGACCUGCUGCUGUACACGUCAAUAUCAGAAAGUGACAUCCAGCAACUGCAGGAUGUCUACGAAGACCUCUUGGGCAAGGUGCGCCCCAAUGCCGUGGGACUGGUCGAUGCUUUCGAUUUCAGAGAUCAGAUCCUGAACUCGGCACUGGGCGCGUACGACGGCCGCGUGUACGAGCGGCUGAUGGAGGAGGCCCUCAAGAGUCCGCUCAACGCGGAGCCCGUCAACCAGAGCUUCCACAAGUAUCUCAAGCCCUUCAUGCAGGGGAAACUGUAACUGAAUUGUUUACCUAAGUCUUCACAAUACAUUAAAUAUGUUUUCUUUUAAAAUUUUGUAUGUCGAGAACUCAUGACCUAAUUUUGUAUUUUUGUAACAAGUUUAUUGUACGUAUGCAAAUGGUUCAUGUUGUAAAUAAAUAAAUCAGUAUUACAGUA